AUGGGUUUGGAUGGCACAAUCUAUCCCCACCGGCACAAUCGCACCCCGGCUUACGAAACUACACAAGAAACAACAACAGCGGCUGAAUCAACUACACAGUCGCAACCAGAAACAACGCAGCCUUCCUCAACGAACGCCGCUCAAGAAACUACAACAUCGUCUUCCAGCUCAGAAACAACAACGACAUCAGCACAGGAAACAACAGCACCUGAGAGUCAAUCUACACAGCAACCCACUGACGGAACAACAACGACAGCAACAGACACUACCACUACCUCGGAAUCUCAAACGACUACAACAGCAGACACGACACCAUCCGAAGAAAAGCAAGAAACUACAACGGCCAGUCAGGAAACCACCUCCAACCAGCCAUCGAGUGGAAAGUGUACAUCGGAGGGUUUCAUGGCCGAUCCAAACGGUUGUAAAAAGUUCUACCGUUGCGUUGACAACGGUAAGGGCGGUUUCACAAAAUACGACUUCACCUGCGGCGAUGGAACCGCUUGGGACCAAGAACUGCAAACAUGUAACCACGAAAACGUAGUUGAAAUGUGCGGCGGACAGUCAGGAGAGCAAAGCUCAACCAGCAGUCCCACCACAACGGAGCCUGGCAUGCAGACAACUACAGCAGCGGCAAGCCAGGAAUCUACCACAGCUCAAGAAACUACAGCAAGUCAGGAAACCACGACGAUUGCGGCACAAGAGACUACCACCCAAGCUGCUCAAGAAACUACGUCAAAACAGGAAACAACUACCUCGUCGACGGACCAAGAAACUUCCGCUCAACCAGAACCAGAGACCACUCAAGAAACAACGACACAGAGCUCAUCGACGACAACGGCUGCAAGUGAAGCUACCACAACUCAAGAACCAGGAGAGACUACAACGCAGUCUGAAUCGGAAGCCACAACCCAGCAAAGCACUGAAAGCACAGCACAACCCGAGCAAGAGACAACCGCACAACCUACCGAAACAACCACUCAAUCCACCACCGCUGAAACAACCGCUCAGCAAACCGAAGCUGCACAGGAGACAACGAAUGAACCUGCCCAAGAAACUACAACGCAGGAAGUAGCCCAAACCACAACUACGGAAGGCACUACUACCGAAUCCCAAACUGAAGCUGGUGAAGAAACUACAACUCAAGGUAACGAACAAAAACCGACCACUGCCAAGCCGGACGAAUGCCCAGAAGGUUGUCAGAGCAAAUGUCCACCAGUUGAAGAAGGCCAGGCUAGCUUCGUUUGUCCGACAGGUUUCCGACGGCACCCGCAAGACUGCAACAUGUUCUAUCAGUGUACGCAGAAACAGGACAGCCUAGACUACAGCAUUGUGGUGUUCAGCUGUCCAAAUACAACCGUCUACAACGAGGAGGGAACCCAAUGCAAUGAGCCGGCUAAAGAUUACGAUGAAUGCCAAUCGUCUGGUAUGCGAUUUCUCCGCAGUGCUAUGGGCCCUAAGAUUAAAAUGAUGCAGCUUCAAACAAUGAAACCAAUGUGUCCAUCAGAGGGUCACUUCGCCCUGGAGGAUCAGAAAUGCAGCUCCACCUUCGUUCGCUGUCUGAGUGGCGAGGGACGUAACAGUGGCACACUCAUGCCGAGCAUGUACCGCUGUCCGAAGGGUUACGUCUAUUGGAGUGUUAGCCGACGGUGCGAGAGAGUAGCCAAAAUCCCGGAGUGUCGCAACACCCCGAUGCAAGAACGAUCUGAACUGCCGGUAGAGUGGAUCAACAUUGGUAACCGCCACCGAAGCCUGUUCUGAGUGAACAGUUCUCCGCGCUUCCAGAGGAAAUACUCAGAAAUUGCACAAGCAGAAACGGAUAGUCAACGAUUGGUGAAACGAUCAAGACGCGCGUGAUUAGUCUCAUAAGCUAGCUAGACGUAGUUUUAGAAUAAACGUAGAUAUACAUACCGCUUUUUGGAAGACUGCCAACAGAACAGAUUCGUAACAAUUCUUUUAUUGGUUCGAUUCUCUAAAAGAACCAUACGGACAAACAAUUACACGAUUAGAGACAUCUAUCUAGUUCUAGUCAAGAUGUCAAACUUUAACAUACCGCCACUCAAAAGCCAUACCGAAUCAUAACGAAAAAGGAGAAAAAAUCUAAAAUACGUGCAGAUUACGAACAGCAAAACAUUAGUCAUUUAAAAGUGUAGGUAUUUAUUCUCAAAUGUACAUAUUUUCCGACCUUCCGCGAGGAGCGAAGUUAGGAUUAGUGCGAUAGGGAAAAUAAUCUGGGUUUCACGUCCAGUUCGUGUCACAGUUGCCGAGCAUAGCCCUGCCGUACGGUACGUUACCAAGAUGGGUUCGCCUGUGGUCGCAGCCAUUUCCUGAAAACGAGUCCCUCUUGCUCCGUGACCGUUGAGCAAAAGAGGGUUUCCGAUUGUUUUCGGAGAAAGGCGCCACCCCGGAGCACUGUGCGCGAACUAUUUGUGAAUAAUAUUGUUUGGAAUAAAUUUUCAAUUUUAAAACAAUAAACAGGACAGUGUAGGUACUUAGG